CUUCGAUGUAGUGAACAUUGGGUGUCUUUGAGAAGCAGGCGAUAUCCACCCUUUUCCGAAGCGCUUGCUCUUUCUUAUCGGAUUGGAAUUCAUUGUUGGUGUAUGAUAGGGCGAACGUUUAAUACCACUAUGCAUCAUCCCUUUAUACAAUCUAACAUACGUUUUAUACUUUAACUCUCACUAAGUACAUCGCGAAUCAACAAGUACAUCUAAAAUAUCUUUAAGUGCAGAGACAUAUCAAUCAUAUACAUGGCGGUAUGAGUUUUUCUCAAGCGUCUAUCAAAAGCUCGAGGAUUUCACCAUCGACAAUAUCAAAUAGCUCGGAAACUGCGCAUACUAGAAGGUCAAAGUCUGAGAACACCGAGGAUAUAUCAGUAUCAGAUUGGGAUAAGAUUGAGUCCGACUUAAAGUGUUCGAUUGAAGAGAUGUCGUUCAAGCCGGUUGAGUCCACAGCAAGUGAGAGGUUUUGCGAUGCGAUAGGUGCAAGCCACGACAUGGACAGUUUCUUCGAGGCGUUGGAUGACUUCAUCACACCUUUACGGAGUGCCAACGUUGUUUCGUUGCAAACGCAAACAACUUCCUUGGCACAUUUUCCUUCUCAACAGCCCAUGCCAACGGUGGGGAAACAUACCACAGGAAAAGAUGGUCAGAAAGGAUAUGUUGAAAAGCCAUCAAAGGUAAAGAAAGCGUACACUACAGAGGAAGGGGAGAUCAGCAUAGAGCCUUCUGAGGACACUCAGGACACAGACGUAUCUGUAGCGACACCCAAUGCAGUCGAUGCAGACAUGAUGGCGAUAGGUAUUAUAGCCUCUUCAGUAUCAACACGUAGCACGGCGACGACGACAUGUGUGGCGGCCGAUGGGGAGCAGGCUGUCGUAUCACGUGCUGUCAGUGUCACGGCCACGCCAGAGGUCAUCGCGCCGGUAUGUGCGCACGAAAGUGUGAGUUUAAAGAGUGUGGUAUUAGGGGAGCCGCUACAGGCUAUGACACUCGACGCACCACAUAUCAAUGCAAGCCCUGUGUCUAUGACUGGUAGUGGGCGUACUGCGGCGGAGUACUCAGACACAGCCAGUGAGAAGUCUCGAUGUUAUGGGCGCGUGUCUAUGGGGGGAGAUAGCGUGGUAGGUAUGGAGAUAGAGAUACCGACCACCCACACAAGGCCUGGGAAGGUGGGUGAAGAGAUGUGUGCUGAAGAAGGUACGCAGAGUGCGGGCCCCGCUUUGAAUUCGAGUGUAUAUAUCGGGACGAGCGCGCCCGAUUCAUCUAUGGACUGCGAUGAACCGGACACGCACAUGGCGUGGGACAGUCGGGAGAGUCUGCGUAAACAAUCAGAUAGUGUGGCACACAACGUUGCGACAGAGGCGAAAGUGAUUGGGGCAGAAGUCGAUAGCACAGAUGAUAUGUCGAAAGGCAAAGGAGAAUGCGAUGAUUCACAAGUAUUAAAGGCUGGUCGUGAGUGUGUACCUAUUACGAGGACUGGUGUCGCCGAGCGUGUCAGUGCCGAAGGUGUCGGUGUGGAGGAUCACCAGACGGGCAAGUCUAAGUAUGCAGGGUAUGACACAAGGGGUGUACAUAACACACAACACGCACUGUCAGAGAAAGGUAACAACACACAACACACACUGUCAGAGAAAGCUACCAGCGUACCACCGACCACAGCGCAAAGCACUGGGGAUGCGGUGUCAAGCCAGGCUGACACCGUGUCAUGUGUGGCAGGAAACGGCUCCGACACGGGGGAGGGCCGGGGGAACGACAGUGCGUGUGACAGUAUGGGCGGCAGCAGUGGGGAGUUUAACUACGGGAAGUUGUUUGGCAAGACACAGACAUUUGCGCUGGCCAAGGCAAUGUCACGUAGGAAACAGAACGAGUCUAAGUACGCGACAGUCAGUAG